GUUGCUGUCUUCGUCGUCCCUCCGGCCCUUCUUCCUUCUCAGCAUGUCACUUUUGAUCUAUUUUCUCCUGGAUCUCUGGCACCCUCGCUUCCUCCCUGACGUUUCGGCGUCAUCCCCAGAGGAGCCACACUCUGACAGUGAGGGUGCGGGGUCAGGCGCCCGGCCGCACCUGCUGAGUGUGCCCGAGUUGUGCAGAUACCUGGCUGAGAGCUGGCUCACCUUCCAGAUUCACCUGCAGGAGCUGCUGCAGUACAAGAGGCAGAAUCCAGCUCAGUUCUGUGCUCGCGUCUGCUCUGGCUGUGCCAUGCUGGCUGUGCUGGGCCACUAUGUUCCUGGGAUUAUGAUUUCCUACAUUGUCUUGCUGAGCAUCCUGCUGUGGCCCCUGGUGGUUUAUCAUGAGCUGAUCCAGAGGAUGUACACGCGCCUGGAGCCCCUGCUCAUGCAGCUGGACUACAGCAUGAAGGCGGGAGCUGACGCCCUGCACCACAAACACGACAAGAGGACCGCUGGCAGAGACAGAGAGUGAAAGCGAGGCAGAGCUGGCUGGCUUCUCCCCUGUGGUGGACGUGAAGAAAACGGCCUUGGCACUGGCCAUUACAGACUCAGAGUUGUCAGAUGAGGAGGCUUCUAUCUUGGAAAGUGGUGGCUUCUCUGUGUCCCGGGCCACAACUCCACAGCUGACUGAUGUCUCCGAGGAUUUGGACCAGCAGAGCUUGCCAAGUGAGCCAGAGGAGGCCCUGAGCCGGGAGCUGGGGGAGGGAGAGGAGGCUGAGCUGGCCCCAUCCGAAGACCUGCUGGGCCCCCCUCAGGCCCUCUCAAAGCAAGCCCUGGACUCAGAGGAGGAGGAAGACGUGGCAGCCAAGGAAACUCUGCUGCGACUCUCAUCCCCCCUCCACUUUGUGAACACGCACUUCAAUGGGGCAGAGUCCCCCCAGAAAGGAGGGACAUGUUCCCCUGGAGGACCAGUGGAAACACUGGGCCCGGAGGCAGUGAGUGGCAGCCUCACUGCUCCACCCAGCACCCUGUCACCCCCACUUUGCCUUCCUGAAAGUGACCCAGUCCCCUCCCUGUCUGUGCUCCCACCUCUUCCCCAGGACUCACCCCAGUCCCUGCCUGCCCCUGAGGAAGAAGAGGCACUCCCCACUGAGGACUUUGAGUUGCUGGAUCAGGGGGAGCUGGAGCAACUGAAUGUAGAGCUGGGCUUGGGGCCAGAGACACCACCAAAACCCCCUGAUGCUCCACUCCCUCCACCCCUGGGGUCCGACACCCAUUCUCUGGUACAGUCAGACCAAGAGGCUCAGGCCAUGGCAGAGCCAUGAGCCCUGGAGGAGGGAGCUGCAGGCACAGUGGGGCUUCCUGGCUAGGGUGGCUCUGUUUCCUCCUUUCCCUGUUACUUUGGGGAGGGGCAGUGUGUGAGGAAGCUGGCUAUUGGAUGGGCGCCAGCCCGCCCCUGCCUGCCUGCCCACCCGCCUGCUGUCCCGGGCCUGGUGCAGUACCUGUGCCUAGGACUGAUUUUAUGUUUGUAAAUAAUUUUCCAUUUGGGUUGGUCGAUGUGAACAGGGCUAGGGAAGUCCUUCCCAUGGCCUGCACUUGCCUCUCUGCCUCAUCUCAGUUCUCAUUCCGCGAUGCCCCAAGCCCUGGUGGUCUAGCCCUUUCUUUUCCUCCUGUCCUCAGGGACCCGUGCUGCUUUGCCCUCAUGUCCCACUCAGUUGUUUAGUUCAGGCACUUUAUCAUUUCUCUCUGUCCCACGUUCCUCUGCUUUAUUUCCUUGUUCUGUCCUGUCCUGUCCUUAGCAUCUUACCCCCUCCCUGCCCUCUGCUAGAUCCUCCUUCCCAACAGGUACUGGCUGAGCUUUAGGAGCUCCUAGACUGGAAAGUGAAGUGUAAACCUGGGCUGAUGGGUCAGGCCAGUGGUUGCAUAGGCUGCUGUAGCCUGUGUAGCCUCCGCACACCCUUGCCCUUGGUCAGCCCGGCCUUUCAGGGUGCAGGACAGAGCAGGGGUCCCACAGCACGAUCACUGGGGUUGGGGAGUUUUCUCUCUUGACAUGAAGGGCUUCCUUCCUGUCCUGAGGAGGAAGAAGGGAACCUGUUCUCUGGGCCGUGGGUGAUCCAAGUACGGUGGGACCCCUGUUAGAGUCAGGAAGUGGACAGUAGCAUCUGCACAGGUGUUGUCUGGAAAAAUAAAGUGUCAAUUGGCUGGAACUGCUGCCUGCCUGCCUGCCUGCCUCACUGUGAGCUGCCUCCCACACUCUGUGCUUUGUCCCCUCCUCGCCUUUGCCCUCUUCACCCCAGUCUUGCUCCUGGCUGUUUAUUUACCUUGGUGCAAAACAAGGCUAGAAGCAAGAAUGACCCUGACAACCUGAACUUCCCCGAGCCAUCUUCCUUGACGGUGUGAUAUGUUUAGUGAGACUUAGCAUGUGUGAAUAAAGUAUGCAGGAGGAAACUG